AUGUCCAAUCUUCUGUCUCUGGUCGGCUGGAGCUUCCUGCCCGAUCUCGUCACCGGCUGGACCCAGUCGCUCUACUACUCGCUGGCCAUCCGUGCGGGCGAGCCCCAUCCGCGGCCGGGCACGCCACGCUAUGCCGAGCACCGCCGCCGCAUCCACAUUCUCGUCGUGGCCAUCUAUCUGGCCUACACCGUCUACGAGGCUGACUACGACCUGCAGCGGGCUGGCUCCUUAUACGGCGACCUGGGCGUGCCGCUGACGGCAUCCGAGCGGGAUAUCAAGUCGCGUUUCCGCCGUCUGGCCGCGCUGCACCACCCGGACAAGGUCGCGGCCAGCAGCAGCACCGACAACAACGCCGUCAACGCCUACUUUGUGCACCUCAAGACGGCAUCGGACAUGCUGCUGGAUCCGGCUCGCCGCUUCGCCUACGAUCGCUUUGGGCCCGACGCCGUUGUCUGGGCUUCUGCCGGGCCGCCGCUGCGCUGCGUCUCUGUCCGCGACUUUGUCGUUCGUGGCCUCCGCACUCUCUUGCCCUACUACGGCGCCGCCGUGGUCGGACUCUACCUGCUCGGCCUGCUCGGCUACCUUUCGGCUCGCGGCGCCUACGAGCGCUGGCUUGUUCUUGCCUGCGUUUUCGUCUUUGAGCUCCACGCCGUCUCACGCCCUACUCACCCGCGCAUCCUCUCCGCCUUCGUCAACCCGACCCUCGCCCUCGUCGCCCCUAAACACGCCCCUCUGCUGCCCUUUCAGGCCGUCCUGCUCGCCCGCAAGCUGAGCGUCACCCUCUUUAUCGGCCUCUCCCGCAUCGCCCCUCUGCUUAGCGCCGACACCCGCUCCGGUCAGAUCGUCGCUGCUGAUGCUGCUACCACCGGCUACAGCUCCGACAACGGCCCUAAUCAGGCUGCCCUGCUAGCUGCCGUCGACCGCCUCGAUGCCGUCGGUCGUGCCCUCGACACCGAUGCCGCCCGCCUGCUCGAGAUGGAAAUGGCCCCCUUUGUCGGCCAGGAGGACGUCCUCAGCAAUAUGCGCGGCAAGAUCAAGCAGUGGCUCGUCCAGAACACGAUCCGUGCCGAUCCAAUGGUGCGCGACGCCGUCGGCCGGUCUCUGCAGCGACGACGGGCAGAUGCGCCGGCUGGAGCACGUGGCACGAGGUAG